GGCGCAGUAGUUAUCACCGGUUCAUCGUACAAAAGAGGAGAGAGAGGGUGAUGGCGCCAGGGAGAGAAGAAGAGAAAAUGGUGGCGACUACUACGAUAGAGGACCUGCACGCCGACGUGCUGGCGCGCGCGCUGCGGCGGCUGGACGGGCGGUCGCUGGCGGCGGCGAGCUGCGCCACGGCGGGGCUCCGGGCGCUCGCCGCGGACCCGGAGACGUGGCGCGCGCUCUGCCUCGCGGAGUGGCCGUCCAUGGCGGGGCACCCGCGGCUGCUGUCCGUGGUCCCGCCGCGCCGGCUCUUCGCCGACGCGUUCCCGUUCCCGCGCCCGGACGCCGGGGAGCUCGGCGGCGGCGGCGGAGGUCCCCUCCCGUCGGAGCUCGUCUCGGCGGUGGACGUCUACUACAGGGGGGCGCCCCUGCUCUCCCGUGUCGUGGAGACGCCCGCGUCGUCGCCGUGGUUCCUCGGCUCGCCGUUCCGGGUGGAGGCCGUGGAGUGCAAGAAGCCGGCGGCGGAGGCGGCGCUGUCUCCGGCGGAGCUGGAGCUGAGCUGGGUGGUCGUCGACCCUGCCCGCGGCCGAGCGGUGAACGUGUCCAGCCGGCGCGCCGUGGCGGUGGACCGGCACUGGUACACCGGCGAGACGCUGGUGAGGUUCGCGGUGGUGCUGGGCGGGUGCAAGUUCGAGACCACCGUGACCUGCUCCGAGGGGGCCGGCAACAUCAGCGAGGUCAGCCUCGCCGUGCAGGACGCCGACGGCGCCGCGGCGAGCGGCGAGCGAAGCCUCCGCCUCCUCGCUGCGGCAAUGGAGGAACAGAGGAUAGGCGGGGGGAGAGAACGGGACGAGGCGAAGAGGAGGUAUGACGAGUUCGUGAAGAGCAGGAAGGGGAGGAAGGAGAGCAAGGCGCGACGCGAGGCGCUCAUCGACCUGUGCUGCUCCGCCGCCAGCGCCAUGGCCGUGCUGAGCUUCGUCGCCGCCGUGGUGCUCCGGUGAUCGGCGGCUGCGGUUAGGAAAAAGAGAGGACAAAAUGUGGCCUUCUCUUCAUCAGUGUACAAAUCGAGCAGAGAACUCGCGUGUAUUUUUCUUCCACCGUAGUUACAUUAUUCUUAAACUAUAAAAAUUGGCCAGGUGCUUAUCAUCCAUUUAAAAUAGGAGAUAAAACACCUGAGCUGAUCCUAGGAUGUGACAUUAAGCCUAGUAGAAUUGACAUUGUUCGCAUGUUCCAAUCUCAUGUAGUAGUGCUUUUUUACGUUUCAAUUUGAAAAAGAAAGAGUAAUGUUUUCCCUUCAAAUAAUACAAGAAUGCAGAAAAAAA